UGAUAAGACUUAUCAUCCAAACAAAAAUGGAUAAAAUGCAUCGAAUCGAGCUGAAUGACUCCUAUGGGCUAAACGGUAAAGGAGAUGAAGGUGAUGUCCAGAAUGACUCAAUGGAUAUUGAGACAGAGGAGCUUAUGAGGGUAAACCCUCAAAAUGAUCUCAGAGAUUCCCAUCUUAACCCCAAUAUGGCUCCUUUGUCCACCCAAGAAAUUGCUAAGAGACUGAUCCCGAAGGUCUCAGUCUUAAAGAAAGCGCUUAAAAGUGCGGAUCUAUACAUAAAGUUUGAUAGGAUUAUGGAGGAGUUCAACUCCUUGCUCUAUUAUAACUCGAUAAUAGAGAUAGCCGCCUGGGUUAUAGGAUUCUUAUGCUUCAUCUCAUACCCCUCUCAGAUGGGUAUCAUCUGGAUGCACAUUCUUCACCUAGGAAGAGGCGGCUACGGCCUCUUCUUGGUGAUCAAGAAGACUCCGAAGAACUACGACCUCAUUGAAUCUAUUUCUGAGGUACAUAAUGACCAACUUGAUGAACACUGGGGAUUCGAGAAAAUGGCUAAACAUAUCAGGGAUAACUUUAGAAAGCAUCUCAUUGAUCUUUUAACGAAGGAUAAGAAAUUUUAUCUCAUCUAUGUGAUUGUCUCCUGGGUCGCGAUGCUGUUGGAUAUGAUUGGAUUUCUUGUCCAGCUUAUCAAAUUUGGUACCAGUGGUGACGAAUACUCUGACCUUUUCAUGCUUGGUGUAACUAUAAUCUUCCUGUACACCUUGUUUAACUAUUUCUUCUGGGUGAUCACCUUCUACUUCAGAAUUGAACCAAAGUACAGAAAGGAUGCAAUGAGAGCAGGAAUGGGCUUUGCCAAUGGCCUCAAGUCUAGAAUCCAAGAGAACUAUCACAACUACAAGGGUAAAAUGUUUCCUAAAAAUGAUGCUCCUAAACCCCCAACAAGAGGACUCAAUCCCAGAAACGAAAACUCUGCUUAAAAAUCCCC